UUCAAUGUAAAUUAUAAACAUAAGUCUUCAGUUGCAACGUCAAUUCUAUUUAAGCGUCAAUCAAUCUAUCUUUUUUUAUAUACGAUAAUAUUCGUUCUGUGAAAUUUGUGUAUCACAAGUAUCGUUGAACGUAUCUCUUGAACGAAUCAAAAUAUUGCUCCACGAUAAUUCAUAUCGAUCGCAGACACGUUUGAAAAUUGAAAUUCACGGCCAAUCUCAUUAUCGCCUUACAGACUCGCUUUAUGCUUACGCAUUGCAGCCUGGCUCAGAUAGUCAAGAUAGCCAUUUCUUUAUCGGUGCUGUUUACUUUGGGUUUGGCGUACUACGUUCCGAUCAGCAUCCUGUGGCCGAUGAUCCUUUCGAGAAUUGCCACGAAGAGCUCGCUGUAUCAUCGAUUGUACGAAAUCUCGCUCCGGUUAGGUGGCGUAAUCGGAACCACGCUACUGGCCAUCGCCGUGCCCCAAAUGGUACCUUUACUGGGUCUGUUGUCCGCCUUGGGCAUGUCGACGAUCAUGUUGCUGAUACCCAUACUAAUCGAGAUGACGACUAAGUGGGCGGAAGCCACGAGGCCGAUGUUCGCGAAGAACGUUGUUAUUUUCGUCGUGUGGCUGCUGAUCUUGAUUUUCGGGGCGAUAGAAAGCAUAUGGUCAAUAGUUAGAGAAUAUAGGGGGACGAAACAAGAAGAAUGCUGAUCAGUAGUUCUGGCCAAACUACUUAAGAGACUUUUAAUACAAAAUUAUGAAGAUGCUACUGCGUUACGCGAAAGAGCCAGGAGUUACUUGGAUAUUGAGAAUGCAAAGAAUCACGUAACAAGCUAUGUAAGAAGUCGUUAACGCAGCAAAGCGAAAGGAUUUAUUUCUUUUUUCGACUGACGAAUUGACUUGUUUGUACAGUAAUUCGUGCGAAAAAAAUAUUUUUUACAUUCGUCAAUGUAAUUUUGUGAGACGAGCAUAUUGAUUCGAUUUACGCUUCGAUUUUCUCGCUUCUAAGCGUGAGCAUAAAGUGAGUUUAAGCAUGAUUGAUAUGGGGUAUCGACGGUAUCUAAUUUCCGUAAAAACUGAAACGCGUGACAUUUGCAACAUCCUGCACGGCGGGAUACCUUCAAUUUUCUUCGGCCAGCGUUUACGUAAAGCACGCGACAAGACGGAUUUGUGCCGCUUGCAACGUGGAAACAAGAGCGGCAGUUUACAAUGAGAAACUGCAUCGCAGUGCAGCAAUCAAGGAUAGAGAGGAGGAGGGAGGCCGUCAGAGACCUUCUUGCAAGGAGACGAAAGAGAGACGGCGAGAGAGCUCGCACUGUGAAGGGAAAAGGACGAGUAUAAGGUGAAAGGGAACACAUACGAGGUUCAGAGGCGCGAAUCGAGCUGAUCGCAGUCGAAUAACCGACGUCCCUACGAAACCCGUGUGCGAGUAGGAACGAAUUACUUGACGUAGUACUCUUCAGAAAUCGACACAAGUGUCGAUUCUUCGAGCAAUUCGCCGAUUUUAAAAUUUCAUUAAUCGAUUAAUUACGCGGGUGCCAAUGUUUGAAAGAGGAUAAAAGUACAAUGAGAAACGGAGAUACACACAUACACAUAUAAUUUCGCGAGAAUUAGUGUACACGCAGCGAGGAAGCUUAUGCUCGGUAGUCACUCACGUGCACAUCGACUGUUCGUAUAUAUAUACCUGGGUAACCUGAAGGAACUUGCCCAGUCGUGUGCGGUCUGUCACCGUUCCGCUACGAUAUCGUCGCCUGCGUCCCGUUACCUCGUUGUUGGCCCAUCAGUAUUGGACAAGGGAGCUCCCGCAGAUAUCCCGUAGAAAACGGUUACUCAUCAAUCACCCUGUGUCAAUCAUCGAUUACCUGAGUACUAAACAGAAGAGACAUGAGGAAAAAAAUUAUAUUUUCUGGAUAAUCGCGGUUAUUGAUAAAUCCAUCAUAGGGAGAAGAAAACCACGAAAUAUCUCCAGCGGAAAUAUUAUCAAUAAUUUUUGAUGGUAUUUAAAAGUAUCGUGCACCAAAUGACUUAUCGAAUAAUUUGUCGUCAGAAUCAAAAUUUCUGAGAAUAAAGCUACGAUUUUCUAUCGUCACCGGGGAGAGAAAUAUAUCUGAUUUUCAUCUCGCAGUGCGACCAUGUGAUAUCUUUGAAUUAUCACAUUUCCGACACGAAAAAUCGCACUUAACGCAGAUUCGCGACAUAAAUAAUAAACAGUGACGAGUCUUUAAUCAUCGUCGGGAACGAUCAUCUGGUCAUUGUCAUUUUGCGCAAUUACGAUAUGCGCCGGAUGUCGGCAAUUUGUUUGGAUUUCGCCAGAGAUAUUGUAAAUCAUACUUGAAAUAUAUCUAUUGAUCGUUUUAUAAUCCGACGAUAAGCCAUAUUAUCUCGCUGUAUUAUAAACGUAGCAUUUAACAAAAGAAGCCAGAAAAAAUACGAAACCUUGAAUAGAACGUACGGUUUCAGAGCGCAUGCGAGCACUUUACGUUUCUCGAAGAGUG